GGGAAGUUUCCAAGUAGAAGCAUAAUCAUAAAAAAUAUAUAUUUUGGAAAGUUUGAAGAUGAAAAUAUUAAUGAAAUUUUUGGUAUUCAUAAUAAUAGACCGAUUUUCAGCAAGAGUACAUGGAUAUGAUAUAAUAGAAUCGAUAGAAAAUUUCGGAUAUCCAGUGGAAACACACGAAGUCUUGACAGAAGACGGAUAUAUCCUGGGUUUGCACAGGAUCCGCCAUGGUCGAGGAUCCACCAGUAAUCGAACAAAUGAAUAUCCGGUUCUAAUCAACCAUGGCAUGAUGGGAUCGUCUGAAUGCUUCGUUAUAUUAGGGCCAGAGAAAUCUUUGGGAUUCGUUCUAGCUGAUAACGGAUAUGAUGUGUGGUUAGAGAAUGCAAGAGGUUCAUGGCACUCAAGAAAGCACAAGACGUUAGAUCCAGAUAAAGACAGGGCUUACUGGCAAUUCAGUUGGCAUGAAAUCGGCGUCUACGAUAUUCCAGCCAUCAUAGAUUAUAUCUUGGGAGUUACCCAGAAACGCAGUUUACAUUAUAUCGGACAUUCCCAAGGUGCGACAGCAAUGUUCGUGAUGGGGUCUGAGAGACCGGAAUACAACGCCAAGGUCAAAGUUGCAGUAGCUCUAGCACCGUCAGCAUUGUUCAAGAAUAAGAAAAAUCCGUUGCUCUUCCUUGUUGCUCCUCUUGUGGAUUUAUUGAAGGCUUUGGUAGAAUACUUGAAACUCGACGAGUUUCCACCUCCCAGCCUGAUUUCGGCAGAACAGGUGAGAUUUUGGGCAGUGGAUCUUUGUGCACAAUCGAACAGCCCUAUGAAACUAUGCAAGAGAUUAAUAAGUGUCGUAAUCAGUAGUGACAUCAGCCUGAUAGAUUCAGAAGCGAUAGGCAACCUUGUAUCAAUAGCGAUUGCUGGAUUUUCCACCAAACAGCUUCUUCAUUAUAUUCAACUAUUGAAAUCAGGGGAUUUCGAGAAGUACGAUUUUGGAUGGGAUCAAAAUCUACAAAUAUACAAUUCUAGGAAACCUCCGCUUUAUGAUUUUAGUAAAAUAACUUCACCCACAGCCUUAAUUUAUUCAGCAACUGAUGAACUUGUCAACGAAAAGGAUGUGAAGUUACUGAGAGGAUUUUUACCCAACGUGGUGGAUUUUUUCAAAGUGCCAUACAAAAAAUUUGGUCACAAUAAUUUCAUUAUUGCCAAUAACAUCGAUAUUGUAUUGAAUAAAGAAGUUAUGAGAGUGAUGAAGGACUACAAUGAUUGAAAUUUGAUAA